AUGUUCCACCACACACCCACCUCAUCUCCUGCUCGACAUCAUCGUUCCCCCUCCCACCCAAGGCUUAUUGCGGCCAGAGUUACCCUUGGCAAUUCGCCACCAUCUCCCUGCUACACCGAUCCGCUUUCCGCCGACGCAUUAUUCCUACGCAGCCGCUUGACGAACGUCGCGGACCGAAAGAAACUAGUUCCUCAAACUCGGCUCGGCCUCGGUCUGAUUCCCGCCACCUCGCCGGAACGGAACCAGCAGCUCGGCCUCUUCUCUGAGAUGGAGUUCUGCUCGCGCGACACUCCAUCAACCAUCCCUACGCGCGCAUUCUCCUCUUCCAGAGCCAUCAACUUAGCGAGCUCCUCCACAUAA